AUGGGAAAUGCACAUCCGUCUUAAUCUCCCUCUCAGCCAUCCCAUCGACGACUGAACUGAACCAAGGAGCGCCCCGUUUCAUUUCUCUCUUCAACUCCCCACUGGCCCGUCCAUAUCCACUGCAACCCCUUGAUAUACGGGACGACAGAGAUCUAUAUCCCGCCGGCCUCAUCUCUUUCAAGCCAUGAACGACCCACCCGCGCCACCCUCUCACUCCGACUGCCCACCACAACCACCCCUUCACACCCGCUGGACCCGCUUCGACCCCUUCUCCUCAACACGCAACCUCACUGGUUCAUUCAACUACCUCGAGGCACUCAUCGCAGCCAUCCGUUACAAUCAUACCAUACUGCCAAAGAUUGCGCCGGUUGUCGGGAUUCUGGGAGUUUGGAGUUCGGUUGUUGUGAUUUUGUACAAAGGAGGGUGGAGUGUUGCUGUUGAUGAUAAAUUGAUAGCGAUCCUAGGCGUCUCACUAGCGAUGCUGCUCGCGUUCCGGAGCAAUCGCGGGUUUGAGCGAUACUGGUCCGGCGCGCAACUCUGGACCUCCCUCUCGACGCAAAUUCGCAACCUUGCGCGGUUGAUCUGGAACGGGGUCUCCAUCCCCCCCACCGAUUCCUCCAUCCCCUCCUCCGCGGGCAUCGAUGACAUCCACACCCUCGCCCAUACUGAAAAGCUCCAGGUCAUGCGACUCCUCCUAGGCGUAGCGGUAGCGACGAAAUUCGCGUUACGCGGCCAGAACGCGUUGGAGAUGGGGGAGUUGAGGGGCUUGUUGCCUGGUGGUGGGGUGGGGUUGGAGGGGCGGAGUUGGCGGAGUUCUUUGGUUGAUUUGCAGGGUGAGGGGGGCGGUGCGAGCAUCACUGGGAAGGACGCUGCGAUAGGGAGUGGUCCGACGGGGACUGGGAGUGGAAGCAGCACAGGAAUGGACGCCACCCCAGCGAGUGGAGAUACCCCCGACGAAAAGGGGAAACCACCGCAGAUACCGCUCCGCCCCCACACACUCGCGCACGCACAUACCCACCCCCGCCCGCGCACCGACAGCCUAACCUACAAAGUCCCGCCCAUGAUCUUCCUCCGCAACCGCAGCGGCACCCUCUCCAAAACACCCUCCCUCCUACCUUCCUCCGCCUCGGUAUCCCACCACCCCCCACCACCCGACUCGCACACAUCAACAUCGACCUCCAAAUCCCCCUCAUCGAAACACCCAUCAACAUCUCCACCCCACACACACCAGCCACCCCCCUCCUCCCUCGUCAUCAACGCGCCCCUCGACCUCAUCCACCGCAUCUCCGCCUACAUCCGCCGCCAACGCAAGCUCGGCCGCGUCGAUGCCGAGGACUCGCCCUUAAUGAGCGCAAACGUCGGCGCCGUCGUCGAGACCAUCUCACGCUUCGAACAAAUUUUAUACGUCCCCAUGCCCCUCUCCUACGACACGCACCUCAAGCAGAUCCUCCUCCUGUACUUCCUCUUCCUCCCGCUGCAGCUGGUGAGGAGCAUGGGCUGGCUGGUGGUCGGGGUCACUGUCGUCGCGAGCGUGGCGUUUUUCGGCGUGGAUGCCAUCGCGGGCGAGAUUGAGGAGCCGUUUGGGGUGGAUGAGAACGAUCUUCCGAUCGACUACUUCCUGCUCAAACUCCGCGGCGACAUCGAGUAUAUCAUGGAAAUGCCGCUCGGGCACGAGCUCGAGGAUGACGACGCUGACGACGACGGUGCGGGGACGGGCGUGCUGGAUGAUGAUGGGGCGCGGUGCGUGGCGCCUGUUGGGGAGGGGGAGAGUAAGAAGCGGGUUUGAUUGGGG